AUGGCGGCGGCUGGUGUUGUGAGCGGGAAGAACGACCAAGACGGCUUGAUUUCAGGAAUAUUACGUGUUUUAGAAAAGGAUGCUGAAGUAAUUGUGGACUGGAGACCAUUGGAUGAUGCACUGGAUUCUUCUAGUAUUUUCUAUGCUGGAAAGGACUCCAGUUCAGUUGUAGAAUGGACCCAGGCCCCAAAAGAAAGAGGUCUUCGAGGAUCGGAACAUCUGAACAGUUACGAAGCAGAGUGGGACAUGGUUAAUACAGUUUCAUUUAAAAAGAAACCACAUACCAAUGGAGAUGCUCCAAGUCAUAGAAAUGGGAAAAGCAAAUGGUCAUUCCUGUUCAGUUUGACAGACCUGAAAUCAAUCAAGCAAAAUAAAGAGGGUAUGGGCUGGUCGUAUUUGGUAUUCUGUCUAAAGGAUGACGUCGUUCUCCCUGCUCUGCACUUUCACCAAGGAGAUAGCAAACUACUGAUUGACUCUCUUGAAAAGUAUGUGGUACUGUGUGAAUCUUCACAGGAUAAAAGAACACUUCUUGUGAAUUGUCAGAAUAAGAGUCUUUCACAGUCAUUUGAAAAUCUUCUUGAUGAACCUGCAUAUGGUUUAAUACAGGCAGGACUGCUAGACAGAAGCAAGCUGUUGUGGGCCAUUCACCACUGGAAAAAAAUUAAAAAGGAUCCUUAUACAGCAACUAUGGUAGGAUUUUCCAAAGUCACAAACUACAUUUUUGAUAGUUUGAGAGGCAGUGAUCCCUCUACACAUCAACGACCACCUUCAGAAAUGGCAGAUUUUCUUAGUGAUGCUAUUCCAGGUCUAAAGAUAAAUCAACAAGAAGAACCAGGAUUUGAAGUCAUCACAAGAAUUGAUUUGGGAGAAAGACCUGUUGUUCAAAGGAGAGAGCCAGUAUCACUAGAAGAAUGGACUAAGAACAUUGAUUCUGAAGGAAGAAUUUUAAAUGUAGAUAAUAUGAAGCAGAUGAUAUUUAGAGGGAGUGAGGUGCUAAUGAUGUCCUUGGAGGGAUUGGGUAAGGGUAUACCCUUAAGCCUAGGGGAGGAUAUUCUUCCUUACUUGAAGUUCUGUGGGUUACGCGAAGGAGGCACACACCCCAGUGGCAUUCACCUUGUUUACGACGAAUACUUCAGGAUGAAACUACAGUGGAAGUCUGUCAGUGAGGAACAAGAGAAGAGAAAUUCGAGGUUAAGAGAUUAUAGAAGUCUUAUUGAAAAAGAUGUUAACAGAACAGAUAGAACAAACAAGUUUUAUGAAGGCCAAGAUAAUCCAGGGUUGAUUUUGCUUCAUGACAUUUUGAUGACCUACUGUAUGUAUGAUUUUGACUUAGGAUAUGUACAAGGAAUGAGUGACUUACUUUCCCCUCUUUUAUAUGUGAUGGAAAAUGAAGUGGAUGCCUUUUGGUGUUUUGCCUCUUACAUGGAACAAAUGCAUCAAAAUUUUGAAGAACAAAUGCAGGGCAUGAAGACCCAGCUAAUUCAGCUGAGUACCUUACUUCGAUUGUUGGACAGUGGAUUUUGCAGUUACUUAGAAUCUCAGGACUCCGGCUACCUUUAUUUUUGCUUCAGAUGGCUUUUAAUAAGAUUUAAAAGGGAGUUUAGUUUUCUAGAUAUUCUUCGAUUGUGGGAGGUAAUGUGGACUGAACUACCAUGCAAAAAUUUCCAUCUUCUUCUCUGUUGUGCUAUUCUGGAAUCAGAGAAGCAGCAAAUAAUGGAAAAGCAUUAUGGCUUCAAUGAAAUACUUAAGCAUAUCAAUGAAUUGUCCAUGAAAAUUGAUGUGGAAGAUACACUAUGCAAGGCAGAAGCAAUUUCUCUACAGAUGGUAAAAUGCAAGGAAUUGCCACAAGCAGUCUGUGAGAUCCUGGGGCUUCAGGACAGUGAAGUUACAACACCAGAUUCAGACAUUGGUGAAGAUGAAAAUUUUGGCAUGACACAUCCUACGUCUGCAUUUCAGAAUAACACCUUGCCCAUGCUUACUGCCAGUGGAGCCAGAGAUGACAGCCCAACACAGAUACCAGUGUCCUCAGAUGUCAGCAGAUUAACACCUGCAUGAUCACUCUUCUUGCUUUUUUUUUUUUUUUUUUUAAGACACUUUGUUGCAAUUCCUUUUCAAGUAUUUGAAAGUUGGAAAUUUAAAAUCUUGGUAUUGAUCAUGCUUUAAGGUUUAUGGAAAGAAAAUGUACUGAUGUUCUUGCAUUAAAGCUUUACAAAGAUUUAAACUAAUUAUUUUUGUAGUUACUUCUACUUUUCGAUAACAUUCCUUAGUAUUUUUAUAGCCAAGUACAUUUUAUUUUCUUGCUGAUGAACUGGAAUUGGAUAAAUAUUACAAGUGGAUGAGUUGGAAAUUAUGCACUUUGAAAAACAUUCACUUUGUUUACUCUAAGUUUAGUGGGUUUUGAAUUUGAUUAAAUUAAAUGUUGAGCCUUUAUAGCGUUCAAAGCUGAGAAAUUGUUACCUAGUAAUGAAAUUUUAAAAAAGGAUUUGUUUUUUUCUAUUGUUUA